AUGGCUAGUCCUGCCAAGGUUCAAAAGGCAGACGAGAACACACUGGAAGGGUUCCUCUUCAGCGUGUCUCCCAGGAGAGAAUCGAAGAACGGGAACCCAUUUUUCAGAGCCGUACUUCAAUCUGCCAGGCAGGAGUACCACGGAGUCGUGUUUUUUUUUCUAUGGAAAGCCAGCGUUGUUCAUGCAGGUGGCAAAGAACGGCAACGUUGUGAGACUGCGGAAUGUCAAGCGGAGUUUGAGCUUUUCCGAUCCGGAUGGUUGCGACAUCUUGUGUUCCCGUUCUACCAGCAUGGAAGUGACGAGCCUGCCGUUUCUCCCCUGUGCGCCGCCGAGCUCCAAGAGGCGCUCACUAUAGCAGAGGUGAAAGCCCUCGGACCGAAAGAGAAGGUGGGAGAAGUUUUUGGCAAAGUCAAACUCAACGGUUCUGUGAGCAAGGUAGUGCACGUCAACUGCUCAGAUUGUGAGCUUAAGGAAAUCGUCAUCAACGACGGGACUGGCUACAUAAAGGUGACCCUGUGGGACCCUUUUGCGAAUGUAACUAAGGCCAUGAAAUCUUACGCCUUCAAAAAUCUGUGCACCCGGGACAGAGGCGAGUUCAUAUACCUGCGCACAGGCCCGUCCUGCGUCGUCGAGCCGAUUACCGAUUUUACCGAGGCGGAAGACGAGAGCGAAACUAGCCAGCAGGAAUCGAGGUCAACGGCGCUUUUGAGUGCCAAAGUGAAGGGCGUCGAAAUCACCAUCCAACGCCGGUGUCCCAGUUGCCGAGCCAGACAGACGGCGUUCAUUGAAAAGUCCGUGUUGCACCGGUGCGAGGGCUGCAGGCUGAAGCAGUCGUCGCUGGCCUUCGUUGCCUCCUUCUCGGGGAAAGGCCAUAGUCGGGACGGACAACAGCGAAGUCAAUGUGGUCAUUAUCAGCUCGGCGCUGUCCAUCUACUUGCGGUGGGCCGCCUGUGCAGUAUGUUGAACGACGCAGAGGCCAUCGAAGAUCACCUUCUGGUGUUACCCGGCCUAGACCUGACCAUCAAUGCUGAUUGGUUCCUUUUGUCUAUCCAACGAGCUGUUGAGCCACCUGCCCCUUCGGAGGAGACUUUAAAUAACUCUGAUGAAUUCCUUCAGGAGAUGCUGGAACUUGCUGAGAUUGCAGACCACCUGCCUCUUCACACACAGCCAGUGGUACUUCCAGCACCUGAAGAGACGUUGAGUGAGGUGUCCCAGCUCUCAAAGGUGGGAGGGAGGAAUAACAAAGACUGCGUCCAUAAAGUAAUGGACAUGCUUUUCACCAACAGCCUAAUGGCUGCUUUCAACAUGAAGGGGCGGGGUCCCAGUGAGAAAAAAGCCUUCCAGGAUACCGUUCUUUACUCGGUGGUAAAAGCUGCAGCGUGUGAGGCGGUGUGGACAGAGACAAACUGUUCUGAUUAG